CAGAGCAGACACACGGUUUUCUUCUGUCAAACUGCACCAACUUGUAAACUCCUCAAGAUGGCGAACUUGCAAUGCCCUGCUGAAGAUGCGGCCCACCUGGCUUCUUUUGCCCGAGAUAUCUGCCCUUUUCCAAACUACAACCCCAGCCCUCACUUCUUCAACAUGCUGUCUAUCAAUUCCUCUCGUAACCUGGAGAACCACUACGCGGCUGUGCAAGCCUCGCUGACCAAAACUCAGCUGGAGGAUUUCACCCGCGGCCUGAGGACCGUCGUGGGCAAGGAAGGGAAGGUCACCCUGGGCGGUGUGGGAGUGGUGGCCUUGUCCCUGGCCGUGCUGUUUGACACCCUAGCCUCAAAGGUCAGGGGAGAAUGGGUGCCAGAAUCAGGGCCCAUUCCGGGUCUGUUCGUCAAGAGCUUGAGAGGGAACUACCCACUGCAUGUCAACACAGUCAGCGAAUACCUGAGACUGAUGCCCUACAUCGCAAACAACCCCACCAGAAUGAAAGAGGAGGCCAAGAGGUACCUCAGACAGAUCUUUAUUGACGAGCAGAGCACAAACAAAGUGGACAAAGACAACAGGUACAACACCAAAGAUGACAUCGAUGGGGUCAACAUCAUGCUUGGACAGUUUUUUGCACGCAGUUUACGCACCCAUCUACUCCGCAUUGCCAACUCUACUGAGGUAGAUGAGAUUGUUAAUUCUGUCAGACAACCGCAAGGAGCCACAAACAAUGGAAAUCCGACCUCCAAAGAAAUUAAUACUAAAAAUGGAGUUAAUGAAACUACUGUCGCCAAAGCCAGAAAGAGACGCAUACCUGCCCCUGAAAAGUACACUGACUUUGAUCUUAACUGUGAUGCAGAGGCAGCCAGCAAAGAAUUCCUGGCCAUGGUGCAGACAUCAGACAGCCGAACCCAAGAAGCAUAUAAAAACUGUCAGCCAAACCCUCAGCGUUUACCAAAGACUUUGCUGCACUUCAUCGCUAGACUAGUUUGGCUAGACGUCAUCAACAACCCUGUCCUGGCCGAUGAAAUGGGACAUGCGCUGAUUGCUCAAAGAGAGGAUUUCGACCUAAAGGCCAAUGCUCUCAGCAAAUGGGCAGACUAGGGGGGUGCAGAGUAGAUUGGCUCCCCAGUACCUCACCUGGUGGUGGGUGUAUCACAUGUUAAGGCUGAGUCCUGGGUUCGAAUCUGACCUCAGGCUGUUUGCUGUAUGUCCUACCCUUUCUCUCCCCUGCCUUUCCUGUCUCUCUCUCCACUGUGACUGUCAAAUAAAGCAAAAAUGCAAAAAUGCAAAAAAAAAAAAAAAAAAAAAAAAAAAAAAUCAUUAGACAACUUUCCAAAUAAACAUCUAAGUAAAUAGUGUUCUUGUUCACUGAAAUGCAUCCUGUAGAAAUAAUCACUGAAAUUCACAACAGUUAAAAAUACCACUCUUAUAAACAUACAUUUUAUGUAGACCUGACACAGUUGUUGUUGUUGACUCACAAAAAGACAUGAGCUGCUUUCUGACUACAGUGAAUAACAUGGAUCAAAGGGGAGGUCAACAACCCUAGAAGAACAUCCCCAAGAGAAGCAAUAGGGCUUCAUAGCUCUUUAGGAAAGAGUUAUCAUUUUUAGGAUUUAAGAAACUGGAAAGUCGCUUAUUUUAUUUAGGAUAUUUUUUAUGCACAUUAUGCUCCAUCAUUUCCCCAUAGUUAGCUGAAUGUUAAGUGGGUGUCACUGUGAAUAAAUGAGGAUGACAUAUUUGGCAUGGGUAGAGAUUCAGUGGGCAUUGGAGCAGUGAGGAGGCCGAGGAUACUGCUAUGCAACAGCACCACCAUGAGGGAGAAAAAAAAAAUGUAUUUUUUUCAGUUGGCAUUGCUGUUAAAAUUCACAUCUCCAUUUUAAACCUUUGCCUUUUAUUUCAGUCUUGGCAUCAUUAUUUUGUGUAGGUUUCUUUGUAGGUAAUGCAUUUUGUUUGUUUAAAGGGUCCGAAAAUAAGUAGUAAGUAAAGAUAUCUACAAAAGCUAUUAUUUCAUGUCUGCUGGUUAAUUAUUUCAGAACUUGCUUUUGUGAUAAACCACAUUUAGGAAAACAGUUCAAUUUCACGUUUAUUUAGAGCAUUUAAUCACUGUUACAGUCACAAAAGGCUUUACAGGCCCACAGCUUAUACAAAAAAGUACACUUUCUGACCCUCAUGGGAGGCAAGAAAAACAUGCAGCAUGAAUAAGGGUAAUGAAAACUAUCACAUACUAAAAUAGCAUUUAAUGAGACACCAACAUUUUCAUUGAUUAUAAAUAUGCUAGUCCCUCAUUGAAAUACAUAAAUUCUGUGAGGGUGUCCCUAAACCUAAGAGGAGGCUUUACAGGAGGUUUUCCUUAGAGCCUUGCUUUCCACCAGGGGACGCUAUUGGAUUCACCCUUUGAGGCUUGGCACUCAUGGAAUAAAUAUAGAUUUUGUUUUUAGGUGUUUACAAUAAAUUUCUCCUAGUUUUUGGAUAUUAUUGGAUAUUAGAUUUAGUUGGUUGUGUUGCUUUUGUGGGAUUGUUGUCCAUAAUUGAUUCUGAUUCCCUUUUGACUGUCCUAUUGUUUCGGAACAUGACCAAGAAAAUAAAAGACAUACAAAAAAUAAAAUAUAAAACGGCAUUUCAAUAGAGUGCUCUGAAUGCUUGGAACAGAAUGCAAGACAUGUUUUAAGCUUAAUAAAUUGGUUCCGCUUGAA